UCUAAUAGUAGCAGCAACACUAGGACUUAAAACCUGCGUCGCUAAUUUCACAGACAUACGUUGGAAGUUAUUCGGGUUCAUAUGACUGUCAGUUAACUAAUGCUGGAAUUCUGUACAUAUGCAAUCGUUAAACCGUAAAACCGUACGCCCGUAGCUUAUAAGUUGAUCGUAAGCGAAAUUUUACAAAACCUUAAAAUUUGCAAUUCUGUGCGCCGACUCGUAAUGAAAAGCGUUACGAGUCGCCGUUACCGAGCCGUUCCGAUCGCAACCAACUUCACUUCUAUUGUUUUCAUUGACAAGCCGGUAGUGUACACCAUUUAUCCCUUGGUUUCCUUGCCGUUUGGACAGUUUACUGAAGUAAAAUUGAAUAUAGAGUAGCAUUAUGAGCUUAGAAAACAAAAAGAGAAAGAGAACCAAGAACACAACAACUAAUCAAUAUAAUAUUUACUUAUAUUACAUGGAAAAUGACUACCAUAUGCGAUCCAAUACAAUCAACCCAUCGCUAGAUGUAAAUUACAUCGAAAAUAAAUGGGGUGAAAUGUCAGAAAAGUUAAAUUCUGAUCCAGAUGGGCCUCAGCUGACUGUAGCUGAUUGGAAAAAGCGUUUUACAGAUUGGAAGUACUUUGUGAAAAACAAAUAUAGGAAAUUAAAUGAGCACCGUUUAAAGACUGGAUCAGGUCCUCAAAGCAGUAUAACACUAACAGACAUGGAAGAACGGGCACUCUGUGUAUGGGGAAAAGUGACCGUAACCGGUGCGUUGGGUGUUACAAACUUCGAUGGAAUUUUAUUAGAUUCAGAUACCAUGAUAAUACCUCUUGAGGAGGAAAUUACUGAACCAAUGCCGGUUGAAGAUGAUACACCAGUAAUAGUACCACCUGAAAUUGAACCGGCUGUUACACCCGUUCCACCGCAAAAACCUGGGACAAAAACUCUACCUCGGCAAAAGCCAUUGUCGAUUGUGACAGAAAGCUUAUUGAAUACAAUGAACAAAUCCGAAAAAAAUAUUGAAGAAUUAGGUUCCAUUGUAAAACAAUUUUCCGAAGAGUACAUAAAGUGUAAAAAGGAAAAAAACAAAAACGAGCUUCUUCGACUUAAAUUUGAAGUGGCAAAAUAUAAAUUUGAAAACCAAAACUUUAAAUUUGAUUUUGAUUAAUAGUCUUUUUUUUAACAUAAAUGUC